CUUGUUGAUGAAAUGUAACAAUUCUAAUGUUUUGAUUGUUUGAUUUUCUACUUGUUACAAUUUUAAUUAUGUUUCAAUCUUCUAGAUUAUUAGUUAGUCUUUUAAGAAGUUCAAGUAAAUUGUAUUAUCAAAAUCAACAAAUUCUUGUCAAAUGUUUAACAGGUAGUCUAGUGGAUUCAACUAGUAAUGUGUUCAAUCAACAAUCAACUUUAAUUGUUACUGAUGAAGGUAAAGAUUCAAAUUGUAAACCAAUUGAUGGACAAUCGAUUUAUGGUCAGAAGUUAAUUGUUAAAGGUGAUAAUGUUCCCGAACCCUGGGAUAGUUUGGAUUGUUUUGAAUGGCCGGUGGUUAUUAGGGAAUAUUUAACAAGGAAAGGAAUCACUAAACCGACAACAAUUCAAUCGCAAUCUUGGCCUAUUGCUUUGAGUGGACGUGAUUUGGUUGGUAUUUCAACGACGGGUUCGGGUAAAACUUUGGCCUUUGCCCUGCCAGCACUUUGUCACAUUGAAUCAAUGGUUGACAGGAACAAGAAACGUUACCAUGGACCGAGUGUGGUUAUUUUAACACCGACUCGAGAAUUGGCUCAACAAAUUAAUCAAGUUUUCAUUGAGAUUGGUCAUCAUAUUCCCGUGUGUUUAUUUGGUGGAGCUGCUCGUCGCGCGCAAUCACAAAGUUUGACCUCUAGAAAUCCAGAUAUACUGAUCGCAACUCCAGAUCGCAUGUUAGAAUUGGGACUCGAGGCUCAAAUACGUCGGAUAAUUGAACGAACACCUAAACAACCUAACAAACGACAAACUUUACUUUUUAGUGCUACUUGGCCUGAUGAAGUUCGUGAUUUAUCACUUGACUUUUUGAGAGAUUUUAUUCAAAUUAAUGUUGGAUCAGCUAAAUUGGUCGCAAAUCCAAGUAUAGAUCAAAAUUUUAUCUUCCUCGAACCUGUACCUAAAGCCAAAGAAUCGGCAAUUCUCAGUUUAUUGGAUAGUUUAGACGAUGGAACCAAAAAAUUACCCAAUCAUAAGAUUCUAAUAUUUGUUGCCACCAAGAAAGGAGCCGAUUUCCUUCAGAGAUAUUUAACCGCUAAUGGAUUCUAUUCAAUGGCCAUUCAUUCAGAUCGACCUCAACACUCUCGUAAUCUAAUGAUUGAAGCCUUCCGUUCGGGUGAUAGGUCAAUUCUCAUUGGAACCGAUAUUGCCUCUCGAGGACUUGACAUUGAUAAUAUUUCCGUUGUAAUUAACUACGAUAUGCCAAUUACAAUUGAAGAUUAUGUCCAUCGGAUCGGCCGAACUGCCCGAGUGUCAAAAUCUGGAAAAUCAUAUUCAUUUUUUAUGCCUGAAGAUUCAAGAUUAUCGGUUAAUUUAGUUGAUCUAUUGAAGAAUUCAAAUCAAAAAAUUGAUCCCAAACUAAUUGUUUACUCUAAAUUAGUUUCAAAGCAACAACAAACUCGUGACAAAAUGGGCUACCAACGAUAUGGAGCUCCAAUGAAAAAAAGAAUCCAAGAUAAACAAAAUCUAAUGUCUAAUUAUCGUAAAGUGAUUUACAAAUAAUCAACCACUUGUUUACUUUUCCACCUUUU